AUUUCUUAGCAAAGCAAAAUGAAGUCCCUAUUCUGUCUAUUGGCGCUGACCGCGAUCACUCAGAGCGCUGUAUUGGUCGACAAGAGCGCCACCGCACGGAACAACCUUAACACCGGCGUUACUUAUCCCGGCGACCGGCUGCUUGCCAGAUCGUACGUAUACAAGGCCGCAAUAGCCAACGCCAUACAGUACGAAGACUUUAUCUACCGAGGCAACAUCACUACCAGGAUAUCAGCCAUCCAGGUCACAGAACAGGGCUACUAUACGCAAUACCCUAGCACAUGGAUCAGAAGCGGCGGUGUGGGCUAUUCCAAUGUUACCAUAAGUUUCCAGUCCUUGAGGGGUUAUGGGUAUUAUUAUUUGGUCGAUAUUUGGGGUCGAUAGAUCUGUAACUAGGUGAUUUAGGUGAAGGUGGAAUCAGGAAUUGACCAA